GAACAAGCAUAUAAAAGUUGAUUGCCUUUCACUUUCAACAGGCUGUCCCGGACACAGCGUUUACAACCUGCGGGUUCUAAUUCAGCAGAUAUCUGUUAUGCGAUAAUACAAUCUGUAAGAGAUUCGGAACUAGUUCGUGUAUUCGUUACAGUUACCAAUACAAGAUGGUUGCUUGUGUCGGAGUCGGUUCCUGGUACAAAUAACGUCUAAAGGGUUAGUCAUUGAUUUUGUUGAAGAGGCCCCGAAACCAAACCGGUCGGUGGAACAAACGACACCGUCUCCACUUCCGUGGCUGAAGGACAAUGGAACUAUAGGUGUAUGUAUUCAAGAAGAGAUUCUUCCACCUGGACACGGGCGACCAUGAGACUCUUCUGGAGAGGCGUCCCUAGAAUCUAUUCAUCCCCCAUCGUCAUCAGCGGAAACGAGGGAAUUACAAGCCGGGAGACGAAACCAGGAUCCUUCCCCGAGACGAUUGGUACCUAGCAGCUGUUCAAGGUCAACUUUGACUUCCAUUCAACAUGGCGUUGUGCUGUAAGAAAAAGAAAGGAAAAGGCAUGGGACUUCAGUUCCUCGCGGCACAAACUCUGAAGAUUGCGUCUAUGAAUGGCUUGGGCGAACUGGACAAGCUUGAAUCAGAAUUAGAAGAUGAAAUCAAUUAUGAAAGUCAAGCUCCUCCCAGGGAAACACUUCAGAAAGUUCGCCGAAAGUUGGAACAUUUCCUCCACUCCAAGCCCGUGCUGCUUGUUGUCGUCGUCCUCAACGUCAUCGACUGUCUGCUUGUACUCGGAGAGCUCACGUUUGACUUCAACCACGUGGGCAAUUUGAUAAAAAACCAUCAGCACUUGACCGAGCACUUCCUCUCUCAGCUUCAAGACAAAUAUCCCGAUAAUCACUACAUCUCGAAGUAUGCCGUGGAGAAGACGUAUGAUCGAAUCGUAGCGGCAACGAUAGACUGGACGGGCAAUGGGACGUCCAUGUGCGACAGCAACGACACCAGUCCGGUACAUCCUCGACAUAAACGUGCUUCAGGGAGCGACGACGGUCACGGCGGGGGACACAGUAUUGAGGAGGAGAUGGGACAUGGGUUUCACUUAACUUCUGUCGCCAUCUUAUCACUUCUCGUCUUCAUAACUGCCUUGAAGAUAGGUGCAACAGUGCCUCGGUUUUUCAGGAGCAAAAUGCAGGUAUUCGACGCCGUGGUCAUCCUCAUCUCCUUCAUUAUCGAUCUCGUCUUCAUCGAAGGCGUCAUGAGCAUGGACGUCAGUAACUACGUCAUCGUGUUGACCUUCCUGUUGCCAUGGAGAAUCAUCCGAAUUCUGAACAGUCUGAUCGUGGCAGUGUUGGAUAAGCACCGGUUCCAGAUGAAGCUUCUCUACAAGCAGAAGAAGAAGAUUGACAAGCAGUACCAAGAGGCUCACGAGAAGAACAAACAGCUCCUGAAACAACUUGAGUCCAUCAAGGGUUUAUGUUCGGAAAAAGGCAUCACUUCCCUUGAACUUGGAAAAGCACUUGACCACUCUCAGUCAGGAAAGAUGAGCAAGCUGAGAGCUCUCGGAAAACUAGCGUUCCAUACGGCAGACACACUGUCCCCCCACUCCCCCACCAUCAACGGCCACGGCCCUAUCUUCUCGCCAACGUCGCCGACCAACAACAUACAAACACCAAGCUUAAGCGACGCCCGACGUCACAGCAGCAGCACGCCCAAUCUUCCAGUCAUUGACGAGACGCACGUGAACGUGGAGGAUGCCUCAUCUAACCUAUAAUGAGCCCAGCUGAAGAUUGCAUGUCAAAGCGAUAUCAAGCCGACUUUGGGUCUUGCAACAUGUUCUACUGCGUACUUGUUCCCUGAAUGGGUGAUUGUUACUUACACUGUUUGGAAGGUGUCCAAAUGCUGUCUGAACGCACUGUCUGAACCGGAGAUAGCCUUUCCAAAUUGAACUUCUUAAUGACGUUAUCGGUUAUCGCCUAAUGCUUAUACCAGACAUGCAAAGGAAGGUUCAGCUGACGAAAGGAGGUCACUACAUGUCCAUAGUUCCAGGAAGAUGUUACGUAAUCGGAGCAUAUUAAGAAUGGAACGUAAUCUGGACAACGCGAGGGAGUAUAUCUACAUUGGCGCCGACUUCCAUGAGGAGUAGUGCCCUGGCACAUGUGUAUAUCAACGUUUUCUGUUUCCAAGUGUUCGAGUGAUGAUGUGAGGAGCGGAUACCUGGACGGCAAACUAUUUUGACAUUAAAGAGAAUAUGUCAUUAAUGAACUAAUUUCUGUGAAAUUGGAAUACAGGAAAAAUAGGCCAGUACGUUGUGAUAAUAUUUUCUCAAAAUUCCGUCAUAAACUUUAUUUUCUAGAAUAUGUAUAUCAGUAAACAGUUGAUUAUUCAUUGAGUAAAAGCAUUACACAACAACGAUGGAUUAGUCAGCAUUUCAAGCGUUAAUGACGUUGGUAUUGAAGAGUGGAAACGUGUUCACGAUGCAUGGAUGAGAUACAAAGGAAACUUGUUAAUUGUACGAACAUUGCUAUUCCAGAAUCUCUUAGCUGUGGGUGUUUAUAGUUCUGGUAAGAUUGUUGGGGAGAUACUAUACUGAGGGACACAAAUAAGCGAACACCACUUCAUGUCAAUUUUCCUUUAUUUAUUCUCAGAUUUCCUCCCACAUCGCAAUUCGAAGCUGAUGAUGAAAACUGGGAAAUAUUGAAGGAUUACUUGAAUUUUCCUGUGUUCCUUUAUUUGGUUCUCUCAGUAUAUAUACUCUAUUCAUUACCUAGCUAGUCAUUUCGGUAAUAUCGAAAUGGCACUGUAGUAUUUGUUUAUUUGUUCCUAGGAACGUUUCUAUACGGUCAUAGUUUUUUUAAAAUUGUCUUUUUAUGACGCAUUGUUUUGAAUGAAACGUCUUACACCUUUGGGUGAUCCACGUAAAUAGAAAAGUAUAUUGAAGUGUAGACAAAAGUUAUAUCAUUCAUAUAGAAAUGCACAGUCGAUAGGAAUCUUUCACCCUGUACAGGCGGAUGAUGGCUACGUAUUGAACAACGCCCACGGAAAUGGGCCACUCUUCAUGUAUAAUCAUGCUAUUGUGUACAGAACCUUCCACUAAGUACAAAACAACAAGAGAAACCGUGUACACAUUAUUCUAAGUUACACAGAAGAUGGAAAAUUGUUUACAACAAUAUAUAGUGUUUAUACUGUGAAAUACAGGACCCCUGUCCAUGUUGGGGUACAACAAUAAACAUCUAGGCCUUUUGAUAAAUUACCAUUUACGCUGCGUGCGCAAUUUUCUUAGUGUUUUUUUAUUUUAUAUUAUUUUUCAAAUAAUAAAGUAUAAAUUCAUUUCUUUGAUUCACUUUACACAACUUCUGAUCGUCGCUAUGCAAGGUAUAGGUUGAUUAUGCAGUCAAAUCCGGGUAUCACCAUCUUUGGAGGGUCACCAAUAUCUGUUCAUUAAAUACGAUUUUCGUUAUUUCCAUGAACAGCAAAUUUAUUAUGACUCAAACUGGUUUACGAUUGGGUUCGUUUUAACUAGUGUUCGAUGUAUACGAGUUAUAUCCGAAGUUGGCUGUUUGAUCGACUGUGUAAAAACAUGCAAUACGACAAUGCAAAUGAAAAAAAUCUGUUAUCAGCCUUUUGUACUGAAUUUCUUUUGUACAUACUGGUGUGAAUUUGUAGGUUAUUUGUAAGUGGCAUGUAUGUCAGUGGUUGGUACGGCGUGGAACAAUACUGUUGUAUUGCAUUGAACAUAAUACGGAUAUUUCGUAAAUCUAGCACUGUGUAUUUCUGUUCUAUGUUAUGAUCGUACUCGACUGAAUGAUUAAUCUUCUGUUUUGACCUCAUGUCAUCAAGUUUCAUUACCACGCAGCAAUGACGUCAGCAAUGACGUCAUCAUCAAAUAGCUAUGGUUAGUGGUGCUGAUUUAACCUCAACUGUUGCUUAAAGUGUGUGGAUCUAAUUUCAAAGAAUCUAUACUGGACAAAAUAAGUUAGGGAUAUUGGUAAUUUUGUGAUUGAUAUUUUAUGAAUGUGUCAAUGAAUAAAUACAUCAUUAUUCAUAAUUUAAAAUUUACAUCUAUCCCUAACUAUUUUUGGCCAGUAUAUAUAUAAUCUCUAAGAAAUGAUGUGAUAACCGUGUUACCAAAGCGAUCGGAAAUAACUAUGCAGUUUUGUCAGUGUCAAAUCUAUUGCAAUGCAUAUGCCGGCCUUCAGUCUCAUUACAUUUUGAUAGCAGUCGAAAGAGAGGAGUUGGGGUGGUAUGUCUUUGCUUUAUUUCCUUCAAUGGUGGUAGUCGUAUCUCUUUACAUAGAUCAUAGUCGUACACGAAAGUAGACUUGUUUACAAUGUGGUUACAGUUAUUGAACCUGGUGAAUAUUUUAAGUUCUGUGGUUUGAGAAAUGUAUCGUCGAUGAAGAAGUCUUUGCGUAAUGAAUUUCAGAACACGGAAGUAAUGUUUCAAAUGUCUUAAGUACUAAUGUAUUAAAAUGAGGAAAAUUAACAAAGUUCAUAAAUAUUUUUCACGUUAUAUGUUAUUGGAAAUUGUAAAUAUUACAGACUAACCGACCACGUUCCACUAUGUUAGGCCUGCCAAGGGUCACAUUGAUAACGAGCAUCGGACAUAAUCAGGGACCAGUAUCUGACAUUGGAUGUGUUAGCUAAACUUAAUGAAACCAUCAUACAUUAUACCACGCACACCCUUGCCCUCCAUCAGGGCUUAGUCACGGCACCUCUCUAAACCACAGGCCCUCGUGUCUUUGCGAAGAUUAAAGAUUUAAAAAAUUAAUUUUUUUGAGAUGACCCCCGACUAGAAAUGCUACACAGUAGCUACACAGUACAAUACAUUAUGACAUGCAUUGUACUGUGAAGCAUUUCUAGUCAGGGGUCAUCUCAAAUGUUAUAUGUUUUUUAACAUCUUUAAUCCUCGCAGAGACAUGAGGGCCUGUGCUCUAAACCGCUCCCUCAGGUGUUGUACUGCUGGUUCAUCCACCACUAUACCUCCUAACAUGCAAGUCAUCAUUUCUGUUGGGUUGAGAGAGUCGGUAUGGUUUUACUAUUUUCACGCUGAGCUAUUUUGAAAUGAAAAUUUAAACAGUAAGAGUGAGUGAGUUUGGUUUUACGCUGCUUUUAGCAAUAUUCCAACAAUAUCACGGCGGGGACACCAGAAUGGGUUUCACACAUUGUACCAAUGUAGGAAAUCUAACCCGGAUCUUCGGCGUUAAGAGCCAACGCUUUAACCACUAGGCUACCCAACGCCCUUUCUAUUUGAACCAAUCCAUCAACUGACCACAUGUAAUUUGCUAGGUUUAAAAAUAGUUGAACGUGGUCGAUUAAUCUUUAAAACUUACAAUUUCCAAUAAAAUACAACGUGAAAGAUAUUUCAAAACUUCAUCCAUUUUCCCCAUGUUAAUAGAUGUUUAUUAGGGAGACUUGGCGCAAUUUGCAUAUCCAGUGGUUUACGCAUUAUUGUUUAUUGUACCUUUCACGGGGCAUGCACUUUGUACUCUAAGUGAAAUAUCCUUUUUAAUUAUUCGUAUUUCUUCGUGUUCAUUUAUCUCACUGUCUUUGACAUAUGUCUUCUAUGUUGCUAUUCAGUUUGCACAAAGUGCUUCUGCUAUCCUUCAUAUGCAAGGAAAACAUUUUUUAUGAUAUUAUAAAUUUGUGUUGACAUAAAUAUACGAAUAAGAAACAAUUCGAGAACCUUACCUUUCAGCAAUGUGUUCAUAUCAAUUAUGAAAAUAUUUUUUGUUUCUCGAUGAAAGCAAAACACUGUCUCAAGACUUACAACAAAUAUUGUCAACCGUUUCACAUCAUCUUGCACGGUCAUGGAGUAAAGCCUGUCAACCAUCUUGGUUGAUCCGGCAUAAUACGAAUCAACAGUGGGAUAUGUCGACACUGCGACUGUAUCGAAAUACGGAUAACUCGACAUAAAUUCGAUAGCCUAUGAGACUUCGAGUCAGCGAGGUUUCAUUGUAUAUCUAAAAGUGCUUUCUCAGUUGUAUCAAUGAUGUUAAGACUGCAUAUGCCUUUUGUUUACUCUAGGUUAUCCGGGAACGCCAUAGAUGUUAUCUUAAGACGAGUGAUAAUGUUGUACAUAGUUCUUACAGCAAUACAUGAGAUUUGAACCACUGGUUUCCAUGUUUUACUCUUCAGCUAGUUUUGCGUCACUUCUUUUUGGCAUAUGCCUGUUACUGUUUACAUCCUUGUACAGUUUCACAAUAACGCUUGUAUCUCCGAUGAUUUCUUGAGAUUAAACAGAAGUUAUAUUUUUGUAGACAGA